AUGUUGGAAGAGGAAGUCAUUGACAAUCUAGAGUCUGUCCCUCUACCAUACAACUGGCAUGAUCCCGAAGUUGAAAUCCCACACGAAAAGUUACCAGUGAGUGACUUUGUUUAUGACUUUGGUAAUCAUUCAUUUGGAUACGAUACACAAGGUUAUGAGAAUGUGAAUCCCGUAUAUGAUUCUUGUUACACAUUCAAUUAUUCUGACCAUAGUAUCCCACAUAUGAACGAAGGAUAUAAUUCUAAUAUUGAUAACAAUAAUGAAGUAGGUAACAACAAUGAUGAAAAUGAAGGAGAUUAUGAAGACGAUAAUGAAGACGAUUAUGAUGAUGAUACUUAUGCUAACGAAGACAGCCAGUACACCCACGAUGAUGACUAUGAAUCCUAUGAUGAGUCGUUAAUCAUAUUGGUACGUGUAACUUUUUAA